GGGGAAGAAAGGAAGUUGACACGCACGGCACGCCAUCCCACUAUCCCCUCCAAUUCCGACCCCAACGUCUGCUAGGACCUGCGCUCUCUGGAGCCGAAGAUGCAUCUCGGGACAGGGAGAACAGCGAGCGUUUCCGAGCGCGGCCCGUGAAUUCGGAACGACCAGAGCGCGGGGAAGCCUGCGCUCAUGGCCAACUGCUCCUCGUCCUCGUCGAUCUUGAAUCCUCGUUCGACAGGCUUCGGCCUCGCUUUCCUCAGGGUCACGAUUGCCUCUCCAGGUCGGAAAAGACUGCCCCGUCAAUUCCCCGGCACCUGGCCGAGGAUUUGUUGCUCGAAAUUGGGCUCUGCACGCCCUCCCCUUUUCUCGGAGCCAGCCAGGAGAGAAGCCGUGGUCGUUCUGCGCUUCUGAAGCUCCCCAAUUCCACCUCCGUGGCAUUCUUCUUCUUCUUGCGAGGAUUGUUCUGGCGAUCCCACUCCUCUUCGGCGUCUGAAGAUUUUUCAAAGAAGGCGCCGCGAUGAAGCGGAAAAAGGAAGACAGACCUGAUCCCCGAGUGGACUUGGUGCUGGACUACGUCAAAACAGGAGAUGAUGCGGUGAGGUUUUUCAUGGAGAACGAAGGAAGGAACAGAGUGAAGGUCUUUUAUUGCAAUCGGGCAAAGACAGGAAAAGCGUAUCAACCCUAUGAUAUGGUUGUUGUUCCGAGAGCUGAAGUAGAAAGCGAGCACUUCAGUUUUUCCUUUGAUGGAGUAGUCCACAUUGAGACCAGAGCUGGAAAUCGCAGAAACGGUACUUUCACACCGAUGGAAGAAUGGAUGCGGGAGAAAUACGUUUUUCUGCUCCUUCGUAGAAUUCCCUUUUUCGGCAACUACUAUACGCAAAAAUCCUUCAACAUCUGGCGCAAGCACAUUGGGCAGCGUCACUUUGCUCGAGUUCGGGAUGCACUUGUACAAAAAUUGUUUUUUGCUAAACCAGCCUUCUUGGCCGCUCUUUGUCAAAUAGCCGCACAUGUGGAUAAGCUCAGUGAGCUGGCGAUGCUGAAUUUGACAACCAACCGUCUGUACAACUACGACGAGUUUUCCACUCUCCAGACUGAGCAAAGACUCACGAAUGUUAGUCCAGCAAUGGAAUUAAUCACUGAAAAGGUGCAGGAAAUCCUUGCAACGAUCUGCCUGGAAGCCAAGAAGCAGGCAAAAAUUUAUCGAGAAAGUGUAAGAGAUGAGGCCGAGCUCGAUGACACAAUUGGGGUCAACCUGCAUCAAACUAGAGGAAGCAAAGUGCAAAGCAUGGUGAGCAUCAAGCAGGAAAAGAUCGAAAGAGCCAAAACAUAUCGACGAGUUGUUGCGGAAGAAAAGAUGUUGGGGAACUUCAUCAGGCUUGCUGAUUACAUGUUUGUAGAAGGACUGGCACACCGAGCUAUAACAGCUACCAUGGAACUUCUGUCCGUGCUAGAUUUCUGCCGAACGAGUACUGACAAAUCUCCCAAAGGCGUGUUCCUUACAACUGUUACAUUUGGAGAAACUGCCAUCACUUUUACUCCCGAUGAAGCAGACAUUUUACAUGUUGUAAAUAAUGCUAUGGAUGGUGUGGUUCAAGUUGUUCAGUCAGCCCCUCGCAUAUUGCACAUGCGAGUAUUCUUACCAUUCCUCGAAACCAAGUUUAACGAAAUCAACCCACACAGCAUCGUCAAAAUGACUCCUUUCUUUUCUCAACUACGGGAAGCAAUAGAUCAUGUAGUAAAAUCGGACUUUGAAGAAGCUCGGAAAUAUUCACAAAUAUUUGAACAACAUCGUGCUUUAUAUGCUUUUGGAGAAAGUUGGAAUUAUGAAACAUAUGCAACUGAGAAGCAUACUGUUCGGCAAUAUCGUGAAGAGCUGGCAAGGCAACGCGAAUGGCGUAUCGAGCUUGAGAGAAUGCGAACAGCAAAUGUCGUCGGAAUUCUGCAUGUCGACUCGAGGUCUCUGAGAAAUUCUCUCAUCUCGAUCACGGUUCGAACACUUGAGCUGGUGAAAGGACUCUUGGUCACCAACGCCAGAAAGGAUGCAUUGACGGCUCUUGCAGCUUUCCAAGAGAGGGCCAAGCAGCUUGACGUGCGACCUUCGGCUCUUGAUGAUUUCGUUGAGUACGUGAAGCUCUAUGAGAGAAUGAUGGAACAAACAUUCAGGAAGGCUGCUCUGUUGGAUGCCUCUAUUGUAGAUGACAUGUAUGAGUUGCUACAUGCAUAUCAAGUGAAAGUUCCAACUCAAGAUCAAGUCAAACUUGAUGAUCUUCAUGAUGUUGUCAUGAGAUAUGAAGAUUCCCUCGAAGCAGCAUAUGCCCACAUUCAAGAAAACAAAGCGGCAAUGAUGGAUGAUCUUGACAAGAAGGUCACUGCUUGCAGUGAAGAACUGUUGAAUAUUCUUGGGACCUUGCAUUCAAGAAAGUAUUUGAUACCCGAGUCUGACCCCGUAGAGGUUGUGUCUGACUUGGUGGCAAUCAACAAAAGGCUUGUUGAGAUUCGUGAAACGACGGAAACAUACAAAGGUUACCAAAGUCUUUUCCAGAUGGCAGUGGAUGAUAUGAGCAAUCUCACGCUCACGGAGAAAGAGUUCAGCCUGAGAUGGAACGUAUGGCGAGCACUGAACGACUGGAUAAUAAUGACAACGAACUGGCGCAUGGCUCCUGUCGAUCAACUCAAAGCCUCUGAAGUAACAGGGAAGACUGAAGAGUAUGGCAAAGAUGCCUAUAGAAUGGGUAAGGCGAAUAAAGAGGACACUGUUGUCUUCAGACUCAAGGACACUAUAGAAGAAUUCAGAAAGAUCGUGCCCAUCAUAGAGGAGGUGGCAAAUCCUGCUUUGAAGCCCAGACAUUGGAAAGUAAUAUUUGAGCUUUUGGGGAAGGAGUACAAUCCAGAAGUUCCCUUUUCAACAAAUGAUCUAUUAGGCUUCAAUAUCAUGGAUCAAAUUGAAGAAGUUCGAAAUAUCAGUGGAGCUGCAAGCAAGGAGUAUUCAUUUGAGAAGUCACUGGAUAAGAUGUUGAAGGAUUGGGAUGGUGUGAAGUUUGUUGUGCUUCCUUACAAAGAUUCAGGCACUUUCAUUGUUGGUGGUAUAGAUGACAUCCAGACGAUUCUUGAUGAUCAAGUUGUAAAGAUUCUGUCAAUGUGUGCUUCUCCAUUUGUGAAGCACUUUGAGAAGGAAGCAACCACGUGGAGGAAAAUCGUUCUCGAUUUACAGGCCCUAGUAGAUAAUUGGACCGAGUGUCAAGCAACCUGGCAGUACUUGGGGCCUAUAUUUGGCUCUAGAGAUAUUAUGAGGCAGAUGCCAACAGAGGGAGAAAUGUUCCAAACAGUGGACCAAACUUGGCGAGACGUGAUGAAGAAAACAAAUGCUAAUCCUGAAGCUCUAGUAGCCGCAAAGGAUACAGAGAGGCUUGCAAAGUUGAUUGAAGCAAACCGCCUUUUGGAAGUUAUCAAUAAAGGACUUGCACAGUACUUGGAGGUCAAACGAGUGGCAUUUCCUCGAUUCUUCUUUCUCUCGAACGACGAGAUGCUGGAAAUUUUGUCUGAAACAAAAGACCCUCUACGUGUUCAGCCACACUUGAAGAAAUGUUUUGAAGGUAUUGAUUCGCUAAAGUUUGAACACAACCUUGAUGUUACAGCAAUUAUAUCUGCUGAAGGAGAGACGGUCCAAAUAGUUGACAAGUUCAACCCUCAAACUUCGCAAGGCGCGGUCGAGAAGUGGCUACUGCAGGUAGAGGAGCAGAUGCUUAUGGCAGUCCAAGACCAGUGUCUCAAAGGAGUCACUGCUUACGCGACAACAGCGCGUACAAAGUGGGUACUGGAGUGGCCUGGCCAGGUGGUGCUGGUAGUGAGCGCAAUUUACUGGACCCAGGCAGCAACAGAGGCUAUACUGAAAGGCGGCCAAGCCUUACCUGACUUUGAAACAUUUUGUACAAACCAGCUUGGGGACAUUGUAAACCUCGUCCGGGGAAAUCUAACAAGUUUGAACCGCAUGACUCUUAGUGCUCUUGUGGUCAUGGAUGUGCACGCUCGAGAUACAAUUGCUGUCCUUGCAUCAGCAAAAGUGACAACCGAAACCGACUUCUUGUGGCAAAGUCAGCUACGCAUGUAUUGGGAGCAAAAUACUUGCUGGGUUAGAAUGAUGAAUGCUGGGAUAGAGUAUGGUUAUGAGUAUCUAGGAAAUUCCAGCCGACUCGUCAUCACACCUUUAACAGACAGGUGUUAUCGUACUUUGAUGGGAGCGAUUCACCUGGGCAUGGGUGGUGCUCCAGAGGGGCCCGCAGGAACCGGGAAAACAGAAACCACCAAAGAUCUUGCCAAGGCGCUUGCAAGACAAUGUGUUGUAUUUAAUUGUAGUGACAGCUUGGACUACUUGGCGAUGGCUAAGUUUUUCAAGGGUCUAGCAGCAUCAGGUGCCUGGGCUUGCUUUGACGAGUUCAACCGAAUAGACUUGGAAGUACUUUCUGUGAUUGCCCAACAGGUGCUAGAAAUCCAGAUUGCUGUACAAAACAGAGUGAAAACUUUUACCUUCGAGGGAACCGAACUUACACUAAAACAUUCAUGCAAUGUUUUUAUUACCAUGAAUCCUGGAUAUGCCGGGCGUAGUGAGCUUCCGGACAACCUCAAAGCUUUGUUUCGCACUGUGGCCAUGAUGGUUCCCGACUAUGCUAUGAUCAGUGAAAUCAUGCUAUAUAGUGGUGGCUAUCUGUUGGCCAGGGAUUGUGCAAGAAAAAUUGUCGCAACGUAUAGACUGUGCAGCGAACAACUGUCUAGUCAAGAGCAUUAUGAUUACGGGAUGAGAGCUGUUAUGGCUGUCCUUCGAGCUGCCACAAAUUUGAAACAGAGAUACCCCGAUGAAGAUGAGCUUGUGUUAAUGCUCCGAUCCAUUAUUGAUGUCAAUCUUUGCAAAUUUUUGUCUCAAGAUGUACCUCUUUUCAAUGGUAUUGUGUCUGAUUUAUUUCCUGGAGUAGUUUUACCUGCACCGGACUACACCCUCAUAGACAAAGCUAUCAAAGAGAACUGUGCAUCAAUGAAUCUGCAGCCGACUCUGUAUUUCAUGACGAAAAUAAUUCAGCUCUAUGAGAUGAUUAUUGUGAGACACGGGCUGAUGCUUGUUGGCCUUUCUUAUUCUGGAAAAACGUGUUGCCUAAGAGUUCUUCAGCGAGCUCUUACUGAUAUGUCUACUUGGGGAAACAACAAUGAAAGGGCUGUCCAGAUUGCAACAGUAAAUCCAAAGUCAGUUACUAUGGGCCAGCUUUAUGGGCAAGCUGACAAUGUGACCCAAGAGUGGGCUGAUGGAGUCUUAGCUGUGAGAUUUCGUGAGCAGGCUUCAAAUCCGAACAAAGACCGAAAAUGGCUAGUUUUAGAUGGUCCGGUCGAUGCUAUAUGGAUAGAGAACAUGAACACAGUGUUGGACGAUAAUAAGAAGCUGUGCCUCCCUAACAGUGAAAUCAUUCAGAUGUCUUCGUCGAUGAAUAUGAUUUUUGAGGUUGGUGAUCUUGCUGUUGCUUCUCCAGCCACUGUGAGUAGGUGUGGAAUGGUGUAUUUGGAGCCUCAUCAGUUGGGCUGGCACCCUCUCAUGGUCUCGUGGAUAAGCACUCUGCCUGCAUGCUUUCCAGCAAACAUCAAAACUCAUCUACGUGGACUGUUUGAGUGGAUGGUCAAUGCUUGUCUUCGAUUUGUUCGAAAAUCUGUGAAAGAAAUUUCUCCGACUGGAGAUACGGCCCUUGUGGUUAGCUUGAUGAGAACUUUCUACAGCUUGAUAGAUGAAGUUAAGACAGAGGAUGGAGUAAAGGCACUAGGCGUGGACAAGCUGGCCAUAUGGGUGGAUUCUCUUUUCAUCUUUUCUCUGGUGUGGUCAAUCGGGUCCACCGGUGAAACCGAUGCGCGAACAGCUUUUGAUGAACUUCUGAGAAAACUUGCCACAGGUAUCUCUCCUGAGGGUUAUGAACUGGUGAUACCGCUUCCUCACGAAGCUUUGAAUGCACCCAUGAUGCCAUCUGCUCAUACCGUUCAUGAUUUCAUGUUCGAUAAAAUAACCGCUAAGUGGAAGUUAUGGACUGACACAAUUGUACCUCCUGAAAUACCUGAAACGGCUACUUAUGAUCAGAUGAUCAUACCUACGAAAGAUCAAAUGAGGUACACUUUUCUGCUCGACAAAGCAAUUGCGUAUGGAUCUCCAUUUUUGUUGGUGGGAGGAACAGGAACUGGUAAAUCAGUGUACGUGAAUCGACAUCUUCUCAAAGGUCUAUCGAAGGAGAAAUUCAAUACCAUUCUCGUUUGCUUCUCCGCUCGUACAUCUGCCAAUAUGGUCCAAAAUCAAAUAGAUGGGCAAUUGGAUCGUAGAAAGAGAGGAACCUAUGGACCUCCUGCGGGUAAAACGUGUAUCAUAUUUGUGGAUGAUCUCAACAUGCCUCAGCCAGAGGUAUAUGGAGCUCAACCUCCCAUUGAGCUACUACGGCAGUACAUGGAUUUCGGCGGUUGGUACGGUAGAGAUUGCGUUUUUCGAAACAUCAUCGAUGUUUUGUUUGUUUCUGCUAUGGGUCCCCCCGGAGGUGGAAGGAACCUGGUAACUCAAAGGUACCUGAGGCACUUCAACCAAGUCGGUGUGUCCCAGGUGUCAGGAGAGUCGUUGGUACUUAUUUUCUCGACCAUCUUGAACUGGCACUUGUGUACGAAGUUCGAGUAUCCUAGGGAUGUAGUUGACUUGGCCGGCCAUGUGAUCGAUGCGACCAUGGAGAUAUAUGACAAUGCUAGAACUAAGCUACUCCCGACACCUACAAAGUCUCAUUACACUUUCAACCUUCGAGAUUAUGCCAGAGUGAUACAGGGACUUAUGCUUCAAGAUCCUCAAACCGUUCCUGCUGGUAAAGAUGGAGCUAAACAGUAUAUAAGACUCUGGGUGCAUGAGGUUCUGAGAGUGUUCUAUGAUCGGUUGGUCGAUAACCAUGAUCGUGAUUGGUUGCUGACCUUUACAAAAGAGCUGGUCUUGAAGUACUUCAACGAAGACUUUGACAAACUCUUCCAACAUCUGUUAAGUCCGCCAAAGGUUCAAACGGUCACUCAGUUUGAGCUCAGAAGCUGCUUCUUUGGUGACUUCAUCAUUGAGGAUCCAGACAAUCGAGUGUACGAUGAGAUUAAGGAUAUUCCGAAUCUGAUGGCCGUGGUAGAAAACUACCUUAAAGAUUUCAACGGAGUUAGUAAAAGACCCAUGAAUCUGGCUAUUUUCCUCUUUGCAGUAGAGCACGUCUCAAGAAUUUGUAGAUUACUGAAACAGCCAGGUGGGCACAUGCUACUGGUCGGAGUGGGUGGAAGUGGGAGGCAGAGUCUUACAAGACUGUCAGCCUCAAUCUAUCAGAUGGAGGUUUUCCAGGUUGAGAUUAGUAAGGGAUACACAAAAGUUGAAUGGAGAGAAGAUCUGAUGGGCAUGCUUAAAAAGGCUGGUGCGGAGCCUGGUCGCCCUGCAGUGUUCUUAUUCAGUGACACUCAAAUUACAGAUGAAGGAUUUGUGGAAGACAUCAAUAAUCUUCUCAAUUCUGGAGAGGUCCCAAAUAUGUUUCCUGCCGAUGAAAAGGCUCAAAUUGUCGAAAUAGCAAGGGAUAAAGCGGCUAAGGAAGGAAAGUUACUAGAGACUAUGAUGGAAAUAUGGAAAUAUUUUGUUGACAAAUGCAAGCAAAAUUUGCACGUCAUGCUUUGCAUGAGCCCUGUGGGUCAAGCUUUCAAAGAUCGACUUCGACAGUUUCCGUCCCUUGUGAAUUGCUGCACCAUAGAUUGGUUCCAGGAAUGGCCCAGCGACGCAUUGGAGGCUGUGGCCGUUAAAUUUUUGAAAGCAAUGGAUCUGGAGGACUGGAUCCGUGACUCCAUUGUCCAAAUUUGCAAGGCUUUCCAUGAAACUGUGCGUGUUUACUCUCUUCAGUUCAAGGAGAAGUUGGGACGACAGAAUUACCUCACUCCAACCUCGUAUCUAGAGCUCAUUAAUACCUUUCAGAGCUUAUUAGCCAAAACUCGUCAAGAAAAUCUGAAGCAAAGAUCAAGAUACGAAGUGGGUCUAGAUAAGCUUGCAUCUAGUGCACAACAAGUUGCCGUCAUGCAGACGGAGCUCACUGCUUUGAUGCCUAAGCUCGUAGUCACGGUUGCAGAGGUAGAGAAACUUAUGGCUGUUGUGGAGAAAGAAAAGCAGGAAAAAGUAGAACCAAAGAAGCAGAUUGUGCUACGGGAUGAGGCUGAGGCUUCAAGGCAAGCUAAUGAUGCCAAAGUCAUAAAGGAUGAAUGUGAAGCCGCCUUGUCUGUUGCGUUACCCGUUCUUAAUGAAGCAUUAGGAGCUCUCGACACCCUGUCUGCAAAUGACAUAAAUUACGUAAAGAAGCUUACUAACCCACCAGCAGCAAUUAAGCUGGUUAUGGAGGCUGUUUGUGUCAUACUUGAAGUGAAACCGGUCAAAAUGCCUGAUGGGAAAGGUGGCUCGAUCAUGGAUUAUUGGAAACCUUCUGUCUUGCUCCUAAACAACAAAGAUUUUCUUUUAUCGCUAAAGGAUUACGACAAGGACAAUAUUGAGCCAAAAGUUAUUGCAAAGAUUCGGUCCGUUUACACGAGUAACCCAGAAUUCACUCCAGCAAAGGCUGCGAAUGCUUCUACUGCUGCUGAAGGACUUUGCAAGUGGAUUAUUGCAAUGGAUAAGUAUGAUACCGUUGCGAGGGUUGUAGCACCUAAGAAGCAGAAGUUAGCAGCAGCAGAGGCAGCUUAUGAAGAAGUCAUGAAAGGCUUACGGGGGAAACAAGCAGAAUUGAAAGGUAUUCUUGAUGAGCUCGCGAAACUGGAGAAAGAGCUGGAAACGAACAUGUUGAAGAAGGAAGGUCUACAGCAUGAAGUGAAAAUGUGUACUGUUAAAAUUGAGAGAGCGGAACAACUUAUUGGAGGCCUCGGAGGAGAACGAACCCGUUGGAUAGCUGCAGCGAAACAUUUGACGGAAAUAUACCCUGAUUUGACAGGCGAUGCUCUUGUUGCUGCUGGCAUCAUUGCGUACUUGGGUGCAUUUACAGCUUCAUACCGUGAUGAAAUUGUUGAUUCCUGGAUGAAGCUUAUCAAGAAAGAAAAGAUACCUCAUUCUCCCACCUUCACCUUCAGAGGAUCACUAGGGAACCCCGUGCACAUUCGCCAGUGGGUCAUAGCUGGCCUCCCUAAUGAUUCAGUUUCUGUUGACAACGGCAUCAUAGUUGCCAACUCACGGCGGUGGCCCCUGAUGAUUGACCCCCAAGGGCAAGCCAAUAAGUGGAUAAGAAACAUGGAGCGUGAGAGAAACUUGCAAAUAAUCAAACUCGGGGACUCUAAUUACAUUCGGACACUCGAGAAUGCAAUUCAAUUUGGUUUGCCAGUUCUGUUGGAAAAUAUUGGUGAGGAGCUAGAUCCGGCUCUGGAACCACUUCUAUUAAAGCAAAUAUUUAAAUCUGCGGGAGUGAUGUGCAUUCGGUUGGGAGACGCCACUAUUGAAUAUCACCAGGAUUUUCGGUUUUAUAUAACAACAAAGCUCCGCAACCCACACUAUCUUCCAGAAACUCAAGUCAAAGUGUCUCUUCUCAACUUUAUGAUAACAAAAGACGGAUUGUCUGAUCAGCUACUGGGAGUGGUUGUUGCGAAAGAGAGGCCAGAUCUAGAACAGCAGAAAAGUGAGCUUGUGCUUCAGGGAGCAGAAAAUAAGAGGAGGCUUAAGGAACUGGAAGAUCAAAUUCUCGAAGUCCUUUCAAGCAGUGAGGGCAACAUUCUUGAGGAUGAGACUGCAAUCAAGAUUAUAUCUGAGGCUAAGGUUGUUGGAAAUGAUAUUACCGUUAAGCAGGGCUUGGCUGAGGUGACAGAAAAAAGUAUCGAUGAAGCUCGAAAAGCCUAUCAAUCAUGUGGAUACUAUACGGCAGUCUUGUUUUUUUGCAUAUCAGAUCUGGCGAAUAUUGACCCAAUGUAUCAGUAUAGUCUUCCUUGGUUUGUUUCCCUCUUCAUCAACUCGAUCCUGAGUAGUGAAAAGUGCCCAGACGUCGAGAAACGUCUGGACAUAAUUCAGAUCCACUUUCUGUACUCCCUCUACUGCAACGUUUGUCGUUCUCUUUUUGAGAAAGAUAAGCUUUUGUUCUCGUGCCUGCUCACUUCAAGGAUACUUGAAAUGAAGAAAGAAAUAACAUCUCAAGAAUGGAUGUUCCUGUUAACCGGAGGAAUGGCAUCCGGAGACGAUCCCCCCAACCCUGCGAAAGAUUGGCUUCUCGACAAGUCCUGGGGAGAGUUGAAUCGCUUGGGUAAGAUUGAAGUAUUCAACGGCAUCGUCAAGCAUUUUCUGAGCAACACGAAAGACUGGAGGGAACUAUUUGAAGCAUUGGAGCCGCACAAAUUCAAAUUACCGGGACCAUUUGCAGAACGCUUGACUCCUUUCCAGAAGUUGCUCGUGUACCGGUGCAUCAGACCAGAUAAGGUGGUGCCUGCCAUGCAGGACUUCGUGACCUUGAAACUGGGCCCUCAAUUUGUCAUACCUCCAUCAUUCAACUUGGAUGCGUGUUACAAAGACUCAAGUGCUACAUGUCCCCUCAUUUUUGUUCUCUCCGCUGGAAGUGAUCCUACUGCGGCAUUGCUCUCCUACGCAGCUGAGAAAGAAAUGGCUGAUAAAGUCGCUCCUAUAUCUCUCGGGCAAGGCCAGGGUCCCAAAGCGACCGUCAUGAUCAACGACGCAUCGGUUGCAGGUUCCUGGGUUCUUCUUCAAAAUUGCCAUCUUGCCCCUUCUUGGAUGCCAAGCCUGGAAAGAAUUUGUGAGCACUUCAGUCCCGAUACGGUACAUGCAGAUUUCCGACUCUGGAUGACAUCCUAUCCAAGUCCGAAGUUCCCAAUUGCUGUGCUUCAGAACGGAGUGAAAAUGACAAACGAACCACCGAAGGGUUUGCGCGCGAAUAUGAAAAGAUCUUAUGGAUUGGAUCCACUAUCCAACGAGGAUUUUUUUGAGAGUUGUAAGAAAGGAGGCGUCUUCAAAAGUUUUCUUUUUGGAUUGGCCUACUUCCAUGGAGUAGUUCAGGAGAGGCGAACCUUUGGCCCUCUGGGCUGGAACAUACCUUACGGUUUUGACGAUGGAGACCUUCGAAUCAGCGUUCGACAACUUCACAUGUUCGUGAACGAGAGUGCAGAAGGAGUGCUUCCACUUGAUGCCCUUCAAUAUGUGACAGGAGAGUGCAAUUAUGGGGGUCGAGUUACAGAUGACAAAGACAGGCUUUUACUCAACACAAUCUUGAAGAAUGUAUACUGCCAGGAGAUGACGCAAGUAGGCUACAAGCUCUCGGAAUCAGGAAUAUAUGCAACUCCGCCUGAAGGGGACCUCAAGAGCUAUCUGGAUGUCAUAGAAUCUUACCCAUUGAUCACGAUGCCAGAGGCGUUUGGCCUGCACUCCAACGCAGACAUCACGAAAGAUAUGAAUGGCACAACUCUUAUCUUGAGCUCUCUCCUGUUAACUUCUGCAGACGCAGUCAGUACCGGUGGUGGAGGUGCUGGGGGUGGUGGAGCAGGAGAAGGAGUGGCUGCAGUUGUCAAAGACAUCCUCAAGUCGCUGCCACCAAACUUUGACAUUGAAGCUUGUGAGCUCAAGUACCCUGUUCUUUACGAGGAAAGUAUGAACACUGUCCUGAGUCAGGAGAUGACUCGCUUCAAUAAACUUCUCGACAGAAUCAGAACAUCGCUUUUGAGUAUGGAGAAGGCAAUCGCUGGACUUAUUCUUAUGUCAGCCGAGUUGGAGGUUGCAUAUCGGAGCAUAGCUGUGAAUCAGGUGCCGGCAAUGUGGGCCAAAGUGUCAUAUCCGUCCAUGAAGCCGCUGUCGAGCUACAUCAAAGACCUGUAUGAGCGUGUAGCCGUGUUGAAGAACUGGUUCGACCAUGGAAGACCUGCGGUGAGCUGGGUGAGCGGCUUUUUCUUCGCACAGUCGUUCAUGACAGCAGCACUCCAGAAUUACGCACGCAGGAAGAAGCUGGCCAUCGAUGGAAUAGCAUUCGAUUUCACGAUGAUGGACAGCGAUCCCAAGAAGACAGCAGAUGAAGGGGUUUACAUCAAAGGCCUGUACUUGGAAGGCUGCUCGUGGGAUGUCAGUGCCAAAGUACUCUGCGAAUCCAAGCCCAAAGUCAUCUACGUCACAGCCCCCACUGUGUGGCUCAGACCCAUGGCCAUCGUCGACAUCCCGCCCUCCAAAACCUACAACUGCCCCGUGUACAGAACAGCCGAGAGGAGGGGAGUGCUUGCCACCACCGGCCACUCCACCAACUUUCUCAUGAGCAUUCGCAUGCCCACGACUAAGCCCCCGAGUCACUGGACCAAGCGAGGAGUUGCCAUGCUCUGCUCUCUGAGCGACUGAAAGCAGGCAACGACCCAUGCCUCCUCACAGCCACUCCUUAGCCUGGAACUCAUGCUGCUUCCUGUCAGCUUCCAUGGAUUGAGCAAUCCUUUGCUCGAUACAUGGACCUUUGCUCAAACCAAGAAUUUUAAUCCGUGACGACUUCGCAGAGCACUUCGUUACACUUUUACACAGCCUGUUAAACAACUCCUCAGGAUUCUGAGCUUCAGAGUUUGAGUUGAACUUUGCCCAUCUGGUGGGCUUACGUUUACACUCGAUUGCGCCAAUUGCGCACUCUCUCCUCUCGAGAGAGAGGAGAGAGUGCGCUCUGGAGGGCUGAGCUGGGCACGACGUAGUCGAUGCAAAAUUCGGUAUCCAGCUCGAGGCCAUGGACUCACACCAAACUGUCACACGCCUCCCCAGCAUUUAACGAGAGGAGCAGGUCGCAUUUUAGAUUCAGGAAGUCAGCAAAAGCACAGAGCUGAAGCUGUGGCUUCGUGGAGUUUUUGUAGGAUCCUUUUCCGAAGUGGCUCGAGCAAGUAAGAUCGGGUCGCUCUUUAUCUCUCUGAAACUACGUGUACAGCCCAGGCUUGUGUAUAUAUGAGUUGAACGUAAUAAAUCACUCGCUACCAGAGAUUUCUGGACUUGGCCUGCGAAUUUGACAGG